AUGUCGAAAUCCGCUCUCGUGUUUGGCGCCUCAGGCGUUACUGGAUGGUCAUUCAUCAAUGAGAUCCUAUCCGACUACCCUGCGAAGAAUAUAUGGAAGCGCGCCCAUGCCCUUAGCAACCGUCCCCUCUCGUUGUCUCAGUCGCAAUGGCCCGAAGACCCUCGCCUGCACAUGGUGUCUGGUAUCGAUCUACUCGCCCACGAUCAAAAAACCGUGGAGAAGGAGAUGCAGCAGAAGAUCCCUGAUAUCAGCGAGGUGACGCAUGUAUACUACUUUGCGUACAAGGCAGGCAUGGAUGUGGUGAAGGAACAAGAAGAGGCAUUGGUAAUGUUCUCGAAGGCUGUAAAAGCUGUGGACAAGUUGUGUCCCAACUUGGAGUUCGUGGUGUUGCAGAUUGGCACAAAAUACUAUGGUUGCCACCUCAAAGCCUUGCUCCCAUGGUACGACGAAGCCGCUCCCAUAGGCACCACCGCACCGCCGCUACCCGAACCGCCUCAUAAAGAGUCCAGUCCGCGCAUACCAAGCCCAUUUGCCGAGGUGUUGUUCUACCAUGUGCAAAUGGACUUCAUCGCCGACUACUCGAAAGACAAGAAGUGGAAGUACGUUGUCACUCUACCAGACCUGAUUAUAGGUCUGGUACCGAAUCAGAACUUUUAUUCCUUGGCUACAACAGUGGGAAUAUACCUGAGUUUGUGGAAGGAAGUCCAUGGAGAAGGCGCGGAUUGUCCAUUCCCCGGAACAGAGAAAGUUUGGAAAGCGCUCAGCAAUGACAGCAGCAGCGAUAUGAUAGCCCGCCAGACAAUCCAUCUGACACUCUCACCCGAUACACCAAAGGGCGCUUUGUACAACGUGGCCGACAGCAAGACACCGAGUUCAUAUGUUGAGAAAUGGCCCAUUCUGUGUUCCUACUUUGGACUCAAGGCCACCGCUCCUCGGCCUGAGCCCAUCGAUAUUCGGGGAUUCAUUGCCGAUAACUUUGAGACUUGGACAAAGACCGAGGAGAAGUAUGGACUGCAGAAAGGUCAUGCGCAAAACGAUAAGGCUUUGUUCUUGUCUGAGAAGCUACUUAUGACCAAGUUCGAUUUCGAUCGGCACUUUGACAUGAGUAAGAUAUACAGCACAGGCUUUACAGAGGAGAGGGAUACAGCGACCGCAUGGUACAGCGUGUUUGAUCGCAUGAGGAAGGCCAAGAUCAUUCCGUAG